CGACAUUUCCAAAGAAAACACUGUCGGUCACUCUCCAUUCUCAACAUAACUGAAAGUUAAAAGGAGCAAGAUGGAACAAAUAGAGCACAAAUAUGUUGAAGUAAAUGGACUAAAGCUUCAUUUAGCUGAAACUGGAAGUGGGAAUUCCCCAGUUGUGGUGUUCUUGCAUGGUUUCCCUGAAAUAUGGUAUACUUGGCGAUAUCAGAUGAUAGCUGUGGCCAAAGCUGGUUUCAGAGCUAUUGCACCCGAUUUCAGAGGAUACGGGUUAUCGGAUCAGCCACCCGAACCCGAGAAAACCACUUUUCUUGACUUGGCUAAUGACACCCUUGCACUUCUUGAUGCUCUUGGCAUCUCUAAGGCUUUUCUCAUUGGCAAAGACUUCGGAUCUGCUAUCAUUUCCCUAUUUAUCCUUCUCCACGGGGAGAGAGUCUCUGGAUUUAUUACCAUGGGAGUGCCAUUCUUGCCCCCACAACCUCUCAAGUACACUGAAUACCCCCCUGAAGGCUUCUAUAUUUCGCGAUGGAGGGAACCUGGUAGAGCUGAAGCUGAUUUUGGUCGCCUUGACGCUAAAACAGUAGUGAGGAACAUCUACAUUCUUUUUUCUAGNCCCACGUCCUAG